UAACAGGUCUAUUUCAAUGGGCGAUACGGCAAUCAGCUGAAGCAGAAAAUUUUAUGACCAGUGCAGAACGCAUCUAUGAAUAUGGCCAAUUAGUACGUGAGAGCCAUCAAAAUAAUAGCGAUAGCAAUGUUCUCAUUCAACCAGGCAAUGAUUGGCCUUCUCGUGGUAUUAUCGAAUUUAAAGAUUACACUUUUCGCUAUCGACCAGAGCUUGAUCCUGUACUAAAAAAUCUCAAUCUACGGAUUGAAUCCCAGGAAAAGAUUGGAGUUAUUGGUCGGACAGGUGCCGGAAAGUCAUCACUUAUUCAAGCUCUCUUUCGACUUGCCGAUCAAUCAGCAAUCAAUGGAACCAUACUGAUCGAUGGCAUUGAUAUUGGACGUAUUUCACUCAAUUAUCUUCGUUCUCAUCUUAGUGUUAUUCCACAAGUACCGAUCCUCUUCUGUGGUACCCUUCGAUACAAUAUAGAUCCAUUCGAGCAAUUCUCAAAUGAAGAAUGUUUGGCAGUACUUGAAGCUGUUCAACUUAAAAAAUUGGUACAAAAUCAUCAUGAUGGACUCCAUCUUUUGGUAGCUGAAUCGGGAACUAAUUUGAGUGCUGGUGAACGUCAACUGGUUUGUGUAGCUCGAGCCAUUCUAAAGAGGAGCAAAAUAUUGCUGAUUGAUGAAGCUACUGCACAUGUUGACCAUGCAACUGAUAUGAUGAUUCAAGAAGUGAUUGCUGACAAGUUUCGUGAUCGCACGAUAUUGACGAUUGCACAUCGAUUGAACACUGUUGCUAAUAGUGAUCGGAUUCUUAUGUUACAACAAGGAGAGGUUGCCUACUUCGAUGUGCCUAGUAAAACUAAUCUGUUUUAA